UUUUGAGGGUGAGCUGGACGUUCUUUAUAGAGACAACCUUCUAGCCUAGCGGUCCCCAGUCCCUUGCAGUAGCUGCACACGCCCCGGAAGCCAGGGACAGGGAUUGGCCCCUCUCCUCCCUGGAGGCUGACAGUGCCUGCUUCUAUCUGGUAGGGCGUCGAGCGGUCCGUAGGGUUGCCCAGGGCCCGGGAGGAGGCCGCAGGACUCAGGGACUGGGGACCCGGAGCCCUCUCCCCAUCCGCGCGAGCCCACCUCCUGCAUUCGCCCCGCCCCGCGUGGGGCUCGCGACGCUUCUCUCCGGGUGAUUCGCUCACUCCGGAGCCCCAAGGCCGCCCAGAGGGAAGAGGCUCGUGCGUCCCCGCGGCCGCACGGCUCUGAGUCCGCCGUCUGCACUCGGAGCUGCGCGGAAAGACCUCAGCGUCCAAGUCGGCCGCACCUGCUCCUGACUAUUCGCGUCCGCCCGCCCCGUCCGCGCGGUCCCGGAGAGCGGGGCCGAGCCGACGCGCCAUGGGCACCCGCCGGCUCUCGCCGCCACCGCAGCUGCUGCUGCUGCUACUGCUGCUGCCAGUGGCCAGUAGUUCAGAGGCCGAGCAUCGCCUGUUUGAGCGCCUGUUUGAAGAUUACAACGAGAUCAUCCGGCCUGUGGCCAAUGUGUCUGACCCAGUCGUCAUCCAGUUUGAAGUGUCCAUGUCUCAGUUGGUGAAGGUGGAUGAAGUAAACCAGAUCAUGGAGACCAACCUGUGGCUCAAGCAAAUCUGGAAUGACUACAAGCUGAAGUGGAACCCCUCAGACUACGAUGGGGUGGAGUUCAUGCGUGUACCUGCACAGAAGAUCUGGAAGCCAGACAUUGUGCUGUAUAACAAUGCUGUUGGGGAUUUCCAGGUGGAUGACAAGACCAAAGCUUUACUCAAGCACACAGGUGAAGUGACUUGGAUACCUCCAGCCAUCUUCAAGAGCUCGUGCAAAAUCGAUGUGACCUACUUCCCAUUUGAUUACCAAAACUGCACCAUGAAGUUCGGUUCCUGGUCCUACGAUAAGGCGAAAAUCGACCUGGUCUUGAUUGGCUCUUCCAUGAACCUCAAGGACUACUGGGAGAGUGGUGAGUGGGCCAUCAUCAAAGCCCCAGGUUACAAACAUGACAUCAAGUACAACUGCUGCGAGGAGAUCUACCAGGACAUCACAUAUUCUCUGUACAUCCGGCGCCUGCCCUUGUUCUACACCAUCAACCUCAUCAUCCCCUGCCUCCUCAUUUCCUUCCUCACUGUGCUCGUCUUCUACCUGCCCUCCGACUGCGGAGAGAAGGUGACACUCUGCAUCUCUGUCCUUCUCUCCUUGACCGUGUUUCUACUGGUGAUCACUGAGACCAUCCCAUCCACCUCCCUGGUCAUCCCCUUGAUCGGGGAGUACCUCCUGUUCACCAUGAUUUUCGUCACCUUGUCCAUCGUCAUCACAGUCUUCGUGCUCAACGUGCACUACAGAACCCCAACCACACACACAAUGCCCACCUGGGUGAAGACAGUAUUCUUGAACUUGCUCCCUAGGGUCAUGUUCAUGACCAGGCCGGCCAGCAAUGAAGAAAAUACUCAGAAGCCAAGGCCCUUCUACAGUGCUGAGCUCUCAAAUCUGAAUUGUUUCAGCCGCACAGAAUCCAAAGGGUGCAAGGAAGGCUACCCCUGCCAAGAUGGGAUGUGUGGCUACUGCCACCACCGCAGGAUCAAAAUCUCAAAUUUCAGCGCAAACCUCACUAGAAGCUCCAGUUCUGAAUCUGUUGAUGCUGUGUUGUCCCUCUCUGCCCUGUCACCAGAAAUCAAAGAAGCAAUUCAAAGUGUCAAAUAUAUUGCCGAAAAUAUGAAAGCACAGAAUGAAGCCAAGGAGAUUCAAGACGACUGGAAAUAUGUUGCCAUGGUGAUUGAUCGCAUUUUUCUAUGGGUUUUCAUCUUGGUGUGCAUUUUAGGGACAGCAGGAUUGUUUCUGCAACCCCUGAUGGCCAGGGAUGAUGCGUAAGCACUGACCUGUGUUUGCCUGAGGCUUACCUGUGUGUGUUUUGAGGGAGGGAGAUGUCUGUUUCUUAAUAGUAAUACAUUUUCUGUUACCAUGCUACCAGCUUUGAUUUUGGCAUUUCAAGAUUUACUUAUUGCCCUGGUUUUUGGCCAAAAAGGAAAGGAAAAAAUCAUGCAAAGAAACCCAACAAGAAUACUUAUAUGUAUAAAUGAACAUUUAGUCUUUUUGACAAGAUAAAGAAAUGUUAAAAUAUAAAUUAUUCUACCUGGGCAUGGUGGCACAUAUUGUAGUUCUAGUGACUCAGGAGGCUAAGGCAGAAGAACAAAUUUUGAGGCCAGCCUCAAGAAC